AUGAAGAUAUUUUUCCAGUGGUUGUCGACUGCUCAAGCAUAUAUAGAUGCCGUUCCUGAACGCUUUAAGAAGGCGACACUCAAAUCCCUUUUGGAGCCCGACCUUAUGUACAAGGCAGAUGGCCCUAUCCCCAGUCCGUUUUUUUUCACCGAAUAUCUUAACGCAAUAGAACGAAUAUUUCAGUCAAGAAAGAGUUCCUUUUCCCGAAACCAACUCGAAGGCGAGAAUUUUCGCAACUUCCACAUCGCAUUGAAACAUCUUUAUUUUCUUGCUUUCCCUCCCCACGGUGGCAAGGCCCUGUCGUUUAACCGCCUCAUCAGCGGCAUACGCAAUAGGGAACUCGCAAUUAUCUGCACCAGUCGGCCCCCUACCAAUGCAAAUGAGGCCCUCGACCUGAAUGCGAUGCGGCGCGACCGAUUUCUCCUGGCACAGGAACCCCGAACUACCAUGCCAACAACAUCGCGAGGUCACCUGUUGGUCUUACUAGUUCCAUCACGACCGCCCUACUCCAACCCGUUCUUCAACCGGCCACCGUCAAAACCCCAAACUACACGAACGAACGUGGACUGCUCUUAUUGCGAACGCCAUUACUUCCUCCCCAAAUCCAAAUAUCCAAUCCUCCUUGAGGACGACACGGUUACAACGGAGCUAAACAGCGUCGAAGCCUCCACAUUCCCAUCUGCCAAGCCCUCUUCAACCGAAGAAAUUAUGCUAGACAACAUACCGAUGUCUGAUCGUCGGGCCGCCUAA